GGCCCUUGUAGUCCCGGAGGGGCACUGCCGAGCCUGCUGCCAUGGCCCGGAGACGGCUGCGCGCCUUCCCGGCCCACGCCUUCCUGGCGCUGCUGCUGCCGCCAGCGGUGACACUGGGUGUCACAUGCCCCAUGCCCACAUCUGUUGAACAUGCAGCCAUCCGGGUCAAGAGUUACAACCUGAGCUCCAGGGAGCGGUAUACUUGUAACCCAGGUUUCAAGCGUAAAGCGGGGACAUCCAGCCUGACGGAGUGUGUGUUUAACAAAACCACAAACAUUGCCUACUGGACAACUCCCAAUCUCAAGUGCAUCAGAGACCCUUCCCUGACUCACCAAAGGCCAGUGCCACCCUCCACCGUAGUGACGGCAAGGGUGACCCCACAGCCAGAGAGCCCCUCCCCUUCUGGAAAAGGCCUGUUAGCAGGGAGCUGGAUCAGAAGUGGAGCAUCUGGGACUGCAACAGGCCCGGCCACAUUCUCUCCCGAGUCAGACACCACAGUGGCCACAGGGACAGCUAUUGUACCAGGCUCCCAGCUGAUGCCAUCCACGUCACCUUCCACAGGAACCACAGGGAUAGGCAGUCAUGAGUCCUCCCAAGCCCCAUCUCAGACAACAACAAAGACCUUGGAACCCACGCCCUCCAUCUUCCACGAGACAACAGGUGCUUAUCCCUACAGUUCCAGAGAUGUCACUGUGGCCAUCUCCACGUCUGUCUCGCUGCUGGGUGUAGUGUGUGUGGGGUUCCUCCUGGUGUGUUGCCUCAGACCAAGGCAGACUUCCCAGCCACCUGGUGUUGAAGUGGAAACCACAGAAGCAAUGCCAAUGACUGGGCGCACCGGUAGCCGAGAGGAAGACACAGAAAACUACCCACCUGACCUCUGAAACUCGUGGUGGGGUGUUCCAGCCCAACUAAGUCUGGAGCAAAGGAACCACCUCUGUUUACCUAAGGAGGAAGAGACUCAAGGAGUUGGGUGCCCAGAAAAAGCCGACCAGGAUAACCACACAUCCUGAUGUGAUCUAGCUGUGCCUGGCCUGGGCACACCCCCGUAGGAGCCAGGAGAUCACUGAGCAUUCAGGUGGAUGCCAUCCAGCCAGCCACCUGCUGCAACUCAGGUACAGGGGCCAGCUUCCCAAAGCCCAAGCAGGUAAAGCUCUCUCAGGAAAGGCUGAUGGCUUCAGGCCAGUGUUUGUAUUUCAUUAUGACAUUUAUUCAGGCUACUUUAUUGGCCUGUUUAGUCCAUGCGUCAUCCUGACUUGUAGUUUAGAGAGGACAGGAAUACAACCAAGGCUGUCCAUUCCACAAUGCUCCUUCUGACUUGAGAGAUGUCCACAGGGAAGGCAUCUGCAUUUGAGCUCCAGGAAAUUCUGACAAGGUGCUCUGCAUGAUUGGAAGCAGGCCAAGCAAGGCAGAAGACAUAUUGAGCCCACUGAAUCCUCUUGAUUUAAGGAUUCAGAAAGAAGAAAACUGAACUCAAUGACAUUUUACAUACACAUGCAUUUAUAUUUAUUCUUCUGUUAUAUCUGCAUAUUAUAUGAUUUGUAUUUUGAAAUUAUGUCUAUGUAAGCAAAAUAAAAGUAUAUUUUCAAAACAAAAAAGAAUCCAUG